UCAUUAUUCAUUAUCAUGAAAAACGCACAAACACAAACAGACCCAAGGCAAAAAAGGAAAAAUCAAAUCCGCUCUAAAUCGAUUUCAUCUCAGAUCUGGUGCGAUCUCUGUUGUUGACCGAAAAUGGAGGAGGAUCUGAUUAAGCGCCUGGAAGCUGCGGUGACGAGGCUUGAGGGAAUAUCGAGCAACGGCGGAGGAGUUACUCUCUCCCGCGGAGGAGAUUUCUCCGCCGGCGCCGGAACCGAUGUCGCGGCGUCCGAUCCAUCGAUUGUGGCUUACGAAGACCUGAUUUCUCAAUGCGUUGGUAGGGCUCUGAGCGCGGCUGAGAAGAUCGGUGGACCUGUUCUAGACGUGACGAAGAUUGUCGCCGAAGCAUUUGCUACGCAAAAGGAGCUGCUUGUUCGCCUCAAGCAAACUCAGAAGCCCGACAUGGCUGGGUUGGCUGGAUUUCUCAAGCCGUUGAAUGAGGUUACAAUGAAAGCUGAUGCAAUGACUCAAGGAAAGAGGUCAGAUUUCUUCAAUCACUUAAAGGCUGCAUCCGAUAGUCUAUCUGCAUUGGCGUGGAUUGCUUUCACGGGAAAGGAUUGUGGCAUGAGCAUGCCAAUCGCUCAUGUGGAAGAAAGUUGGCAGAUGGCUGAGUUUUACAACAAUAAGGUUCUUGUGGAGUAUCGUAACAAAGAUGCAAAUCAUGUUGAAUGGGCCAAAGCCUUAAAGGAACUUUACUUACCUGGUUUAAGGGAUUAUGUUAAAAGCCAUUACGCUUUGGGACCUGUGUGGAAUGCAUCAGGGAAACCCGCUAGUGCUCCUGCAAAAGCUCCACCUGGUGCUCCUGCUCCUCCACCAGCACCAUCUGCGUCCCUCUUUAGUUCUGAAUCUUCAAAGCCAUCAUCUUCGUCGAACCAAAAACAGGGAAUGUCUGCUGUUUUCCAGCAGCUCAGCUCAGGUUCCGUGACCUCAGGUCUUAGAAAAGUUACAGAUGAUAUGAAGACAAAGAACCGUGCUGAUAGAUCCGGAGCAGUAAGUGCAAUUGAGAAGGAAACUCGUACCAGUAAACCGGCCUUUGCGAAAACUGGACCACCGAAACUGGAGCUUCAAAUGGGUCGCAAGUGGGCUGUUGAGAACCAAAAUGGGAAGAAGGACUUGGUUAUCAGCGAGUGUGAUUCGAAACAAUCUGUGUAUGUAUUUGGUUGCAAAGAUUCUGUCUUGCAGAUACAAGGAAAAGUUAAUAACAUCACCAUUGACAAAUGCACCAAAAUGGGUGUUGUCUUCACGGAUGUUGUUGCUGCAUUUGAGAUUGUGAAUUGCACCAACGUAGAAGUGCAAUGCCAGGGUUCAGCUCCCACAGUUUCUGUGGACAACACGACUGGCUGUCAGUUAUAUCUAAGCAAAGACUCUUUAGAAACAGCUAUAACAACAGCCAAAUCGAGUGAGAUCAAUGUAAUGGUGCCCGGUGCUUCCCCUGAUGGAGACUGGGUGGAACAUGCGCUGCCUCAACAGUACAAUCAUGUGUUCACUGAAGGGAAGUUUGAGACAACACCGGUCUCGCACUCAGGGGCCUAAGCUAAGGAGAAUCUCUUUUCACUCUGGGUUUUGCUUUGAAUAUCAGGUCUUUUUUUUCACUCAUACUUGAUUUCUUCAGAUUAUAAUAGCGGAGAGCAUCUGUUUGUUUGUUGGUUCUGUCUCUAUCCCCCAAUUUUGGGUUUGGAGGUUCUUUUGUUUUCUGUUUGUUGUGAUCCAUCUCGUCUUUUGUUCGUCCUUGUGGUCUUGGAUUGGAUUUGGGUUUCUCGUUUUCUUUUUCUUUUGUGCACUCAUGCUUGCGCAGAGUUAUUGCUGAUGAAAAUGUGAACAAAUAUAUUUGUCAUGAAUAGAAAAGUUGCAAUCCUAUUUUUUGGAA